CCUACUGUUCAAAUCCUUCAUUUCAUUUCAGUUGAAGAGGGUUUUUGGAAAAUCUGAGCAGCCAUGAACAGAGCUAGGCCAAUCCUCACAUCACUCAGACUCGCCAACUCGCUCCUCUCGACUCGGGUCUCCUCAACUCGGUCUCUCUUCACUCAGGUGACUCAGUACUCUGACUUUCAUUCUCUUUCAAAAAAUCAAUCUUUUUCCCAUUCCCAUUUCCUCAAUACCCACCAAAAGCUAUUCUUCUCAUCGAAACCAAACUCGGCCAUUGAACUCGUUCUGGCCAACGAUUGGUCCUACGAGUUGGAGCACGAGUUAGAAAAAUCGUGCCCAGCACUGACCCAUGAAACAGUUAUUUACAUUUUGAAGAAACUGGACAAAGACCCAGAAAAAGCUGGAAGCUUUUUCAACUGGGUCUGUGAGAAUACUGGGUUUAGACCCAGUUCUUUGGUGUAUAGCUUAAUGCUUAGGAUUUUGGUUAACAAAGAGACAAUGAAGCAGUUUUGGAUUACACUUAGGAAAAUGAAAGAGCAAGGGUUUUAUGUUGAUGAGGAAACAUAUUUGACAAUUGCGGGGCAGUUAAAGAAAGCGAAGAUGGCCAGUGAUGUAGUGGCUUUGAACCACUUUCACAAUAGGAUGCUUUCAGAGAAUGCAAUGGAGAAUGUUGUGAGGAAAGUGGUUGAUAUUGUUUUGGGGUCAGAGUGGAGUAACGGGGUUGAGAAUGAAUUGGGGGAGAUGAAAAUUGUGUUAUCAGAUAAUUUCGUGAUACGGGUUUUGAAGGAACUUCGGAAUUACCCUUCGAAAGCUUUGAGUUUUUUUCAUUGGGUUGGCAGGUGUAAUAAUGGUUAUGAGCACAAUACAGUGACUUAUAAUGCGGUUGCCAGGGUUCUCGGUAGGGAUGAUUCAAUUGAGCUUUUUUGGAGUGUUGUUGAGGAGAUGAAGAGUGCUGGUCAUGAAAUGGAUAUUGACACUUAUAUAAAGAUAUCGAGGCAGUUUCAGAAGGUCAAGAUGAUGGAGGAUGCGGUGAAGCUUUAUGAGUUCAUGAUGGACAGUCCAUUUAAGCCCUCAGUCCAGGACUGCAGCAUGCUUUUAAGAAGCAUCUCAGCCAAUGAUAACCCAAAUUUGGAUUUGGUUUUUCGAGUUGCAAAGAAAUAUGAGUCAGCGGGGCAUACUCUUUCUAAGGUUGUGUAUGAUGGGAUUCAUAGAUCGUUGACAAGCGCAGGGAGAUUUGAUGAGGCAGAGAAUAUUAUGAAGGCUAUGAGAAACGCAGGGUAUCAGCCUGAUAACAUUACGUACAGCCAAUUGGUUUUUGGACUUUGUAAGGCAAGGAGGCUUGAAGAUGCUUGUAAGGUGCUGGAUGAGAUGGAAGCAGAAGGAUUUCUUCCUGAUAUUAAGACUUGGACAAUUUUGAUUCAAGGGCAUUGUGUAGCUAAUGAACUUGACAAGGCGUUAAUGUGUUUGGCAAAGAUGGUAGAGAAGAACUGCAAUAUUGAUGCUGAUCUAUUGGAAGUCUUAAUAAACGGUUUCCUACAUUGGAACAGAAUAGAUGGUGCAUACAGAUUGCUUGUGGAGAUUGUAAAUAAGGAACGUAUAAGCCCUUGGCAAGCUACAUAUAAAAAACUGAUUGAAAAGCUUUUAGGCAAUGGGAAACUUGAAGAAGCACUGAAAUUGCUUCAUUUGAUGAAGAAGCAAAACUACCCACCUUUCCCAGAACCCUUUGUCAAAUAUAUUUCAAAGUUUGGGACUGUGGAGGAUGCUGCAGAUUUUUUGAAGGCAUUGAGCGUGAAAGAAUAUCCUUCCUCUUCAGCUUAUCUUCAUGUUUUCCGAUCAUUCUUUCAAGAAGGUAGAGAUUCUGAAGCCAAAGAUCUGCUUUUCAAGUGCCCUCAUCAUAUUCGUAAGCAUAGCGAAAUUUGCAAUCUUUUUGGUUCUGCACAGAAUGACAAUGCCACUUCAUGAGCCUUACACUAUGAGGAGUUUACCCAAUCCAAUCUUCUAUUGUACAAUUAAAUUUGUUCAACACUUUUUGAUGAAAUUGAUUUGUACUCACUGCAUAAAUUCAAGAAAAAUUAAUUUGAAGCUUUUAA